CGUUCCGGUAUACCGGACCAUACGCAAGGUACGUUUCGGCAGUACCCUGGGGGACAUAGACCCUCUCAGCCGUAGCAACACCAUGCUAGAGAGUCGCCCCUGGAGUCACCAUAGAUCAUAGCUACUCGAGAGAGAGAGAGAGAGAGAUAGAGAUAGAGAGUACUUAAGCUACUGUUAAAUGUUUUUCAUGGAUCAAUUAUUAAUCAAAUCAAGAGUAGAUAAUAGGAGAGAUCUCUAUUAUGUACUCUCUAUCAAAUGUACCACAUGGGUGAUUGGACUAGGAGAUUAUGUGACAGUUAAUUAUAUACACUGAAUUGAUGUAAGAAAAUAAAUUGCUUUUACACAAGUCUUCCGCUGUACUAAAAUAAAAUUGUUCUUUUUUUUUCAAACAGGUGAUAAUGCCAAAGUUGUCGAAACCUCUCAAGCAUACUGUUCGCGUCUAUACUGCUGGCAGCAGAAGAGGAAGACUUGUCAACCUUAAGGCAACACCAUGUAUUGGUCAGCAAUUUGUAAAGCCAUCGCAAGCCUUACCUCACUCCUGUUCUACAGAUGUGGGAAGUGAUGCCGAUGAAGGAGUUGCAUCCAGUAAUUAUUGUGAAGAGCAACCAGUACUGAACAAGUAUAUGGAAAGUAGGCGCAGGAGAGACCAAUCAUGGAAAGAAAUUAGAGACGACCUUAAACUAACGCACUUGGAGGGUCAAGCGCCAGCAACACUCAUUUGCUGCAUGUGCCAGACAGAGGAAGUCAACAUUAUUUACUGUCCUGACUGUAGCUACAGUAGCUAUUACUGCAUGAAAUGUGUGUUGGUAGCCCACGGACAGCAUACAUUGCAUACACCCUCCAUAUGGAAGGAAGGACUGAUGGUGCGAUAUGAAUUCCCUACCAUUCAACAGUGGGAGCGAGAGGAUGGUCAUGCGUGCGAAACAAGAUUGUGGCGCAUCAUAGCAGUACUAGAUGAAAAUGGUGUGCAGCAUCAAGUGCAAGUUUCUGUUUGCUCAUGCGAGCCUGUAGCAGUUACUUUGAUAAGGUACCACCUGUGGCCUGCAACCCCAAAGAAUCCCCAAGUGGCAUUCACAUUUAAUCUUAUGGAAAACCUGAGGUUACUUGUGUUGGAAUGUCAGGUUUCAGUCCGAUCAUUCUGCAUGGCCAUGAAAAUUAGGAAUAAAGCUCAUCCUUUGGCACUGAGUGAUGUUGAUGAUGCAUAUAAAACGUUGCAAGGAGGAUGUUUCGAGGAGUACAGGGUGUUUUGGAAAAGCCUUAAUUACCCGUCUGGCGAUGGUUAUGAUAAUGGUACAACCUGUAGCUUAUGCCCAAAGGAUUCUGGAACAGCAAUAUUUUCCAUGGAUGGAAAUUUCGGACUUGUUAGAAGAAAGAAAGCUGGGGAAGACCUGGAAGCUGAGAAAGACCUAUCUGAUUGCGGGAAAUCGACAAGGUUUUUCGUUGAUCAAACACAAGUUGAUCAAUAUGUAAAUAAUGCUCAAAAAGAUACCACAAGCAAACACGGGAUAUGCAGUGAUUUCCAAGCCGGAAAUCCUCUAAGAAGUCGCUCAAGGUUUGAAAAACUUGAUGUAACUGGAGUCUUUGGAUCUGUGUGUCGCCAUGAUUAUCCAAAGGCGUUCUUCAACCUUAGACACGGAGAAAGACUAGCCUACCCUGAAUUUUUGGCGAAACAUCUAUGCAUGGAGGCAGGACCACAGAAAGUUAUUCUCUUAUAUGACAUAGCAUGUGUUUUGGAGAACCACAUUGAGUUGUCUACAUUACCGAACGAGAAUGUCACAUUUGCUGUGCCGAUAUUCCACAUGUAUGGACACAACGUAGCUUGUCAGGUUCAGUACAACCCAAGGAGGAUUGAGGGCAUGGGCCUUACUGACGGCGAAGGUGUGGAAAGGCUUUGGUCUUUCCUUAGGCGCUUCAGUAACAUCACGAAAGAAAUGACCCCUAGUCACCGAAACCUCCUUUUAGAUGAUGCACUACUCCAUUUCGGAGAGAAGCUACGAUCACAGCAAGGAGAUUUUUUGAAGAGGCUGCUAAAGAAAGCUAAAGAAUCUAUACCUACUUGUGAGGAAGAACUCAGAAAGGCAACAGCAAACUUAGAAGUGAAACCGUCAAAUGAGGACAAUGCGUUGGAAGGAGGAAGAGCGUCGUACAGUGGGAAAACCUACAGAAGAAUCACGUAGGGAAACUGCAUAGAAGAGAAAUUAUGCAGAGAAGCUACAGGCAUUUUACAGUUUACA